AUGGCUUACUCUAAAAUCGCAUUACUAGCCGCUCUUGCAGCUAUUGCUUACGCUCAGACCCAAGCACAAAUCAACGAAUUGAACGUUGUUUUAGAUGAUGUUAAGACCAACAUUGCUGACUACAUCAAUUUGUCCUACACUCCAAAUUCUGGUUUUUCGUUGGAUCAAAUGCCAGCUGGUAUUAUGGAUAUUGCUGCACAGUUGGUUCAAGACCCAAGUGAUGAAUCCUAUACCACAUUAUAUUCUGAAGUGGACUUCUCUGCUGUUGAGCAUAUGUUGACUAUGGUCCCAUGGUACUCUUCUAGACUGCUACCAGAAUUGGAAGCAAUGGACGCUUCUCUCACUACCUCAAGUUCUGCUGCUACAUCUUCUGUUGCUUCAUCUACCAGUGAAGCUACUAGCUCCUCUGUUGCAACAUCUUCAAGUGAAGCCGCUAGCUCUUCCGUCGCACCAUCUUCGAGUGAAAUUUCCAGCUCUUCUGUUGUUUCAUCUACCAGCGAAGUUGCCAGUUCUUCUGUUGCUUCAUCUACCAGUGAAGUUGCCAGCUCUUCCGCUGCACCAUCUUCAACUGGAGUUACUAGCUCUUCUGCUAUUACCUCGUCCUCGGUUGUUUCCUCUUCUACCGAGGCUGGCAGCUCCUCUUCUAUCGCUUCCUCCUCAGCCGUCUCCUCUUCUGAAGCUGUCAGCUCUUCUGUAGUUUCCUCAGUUGUUUCAUCUUCGGCCGAGCCUGCUAGCUCAAGCAUUGCUUCUUCCAACUCUACCGUUGCUAGCUCUUCUGCUUCUGCUACUGAAACUUCUAGCUCGAGCAUUGCUCCUUACAACUCUACCAUUGUUAGUUCUUCUACUUCCGCUAGUCAGACCUCUAUCUCGACCAUUGCUCCUUACAACUCCACCACCACCGCUCCAGCUAGUUCCGCUUCUAGCGUUAUUUUUUCAACUAGAAAUGGUACCACUGUUACUGAAACUGAUAACACUCUUGUUACCAAGGAAACCACUGUCUGUGACUACUCUUCAACAUCUGCCGUUCCAGCUUCCACCACCGGUUACAACAAUUCUACUAAGGUUUCAACUGCUACAGUCUGCAGUACAUGCAAAGAAGGUACCUCUACUGCAACUGACUUCUCUACACUAAAGACUACAGUUACCGUCUGUGACUCCGCCUGUCAAGCCAAGAAGUCUGCUACUGUAGUUAGCGUUCAAUCCAAAACCACUGGUAUCGUUGAGCAAACCGAAAACGGCGCUGCCAAGGCUGUUAUCGGUAUGGGCGCCGGUGCUUUAGCCGCUGUUGCUGCCAUGUUACUAUGA